UUAUUUAUUCAAUGAAAAAAGUCCAAAUUAUUUGUAUCAGUUGCAGCGACUUAUCAGAGUUAUUAUGCUACCUUUUAAUUAAUUAAGCGAGUUGCCUAUGCAGUAAUCGAAUUAGUGAAUGUUAGCAAGGAGGUUUUUUUGUUCCUCCAGAUUGUUUGCGUGCUAUGUUUCAAAGCAUAAAAGAAGUAUAAGUGUACAAAAGUAAUUUUUGCCAGCGAAACAUCUUUGAUUUGCCAAGAAAAAAUCUCCAUUCCCGUUAUUGCCGACAAACAUGAAUUCCUUUCUGCGUGGCUCGACAAAUUACGUUUGGUGUACGACCAGUGUCCUGGGCAAAGGAGCAACAGGUGCAGUCUUCCAGGGGGUCAACAAGCACAAUGGGGAACCCGUUGCAGUGAAAACAUUCAACCAGCUUAGCCACAUGCGACCUCACGAUGUCCAGAUGCGAGAGUUCGAAGUGCUCCGCAAAGUGAAACAUAACAAUAUUGUCAAGUUGCUGGAUAUCGAAGAUGAUCAGGAGGGCCGCGGGAAAGUAAUCGUAAUGGAGCUGUGCACAGGAGGGAGCCUCUUUAACAUACUGGAUGACCCUGAAAACACGUACGGAUUGCCACAGAGAGAGUUUCUGCUGGUUUUGGAGCAUCUCUCCGCUGGAAUGAAACAUUUGCGAGAUAACAAUCUUGUGCACAGGGAUUUGAAGCCAGGAAACAUAAUGAAAUACAUUUCCGAGGACGGUCAAACUAUUUACAAGUUGACGGACUUUGGGGCGGCGCGAGAACUGGAGGAGAAUCAACAAUUUGUUUCAUUGUAUGGUACGGAAGAGUACCUCCAUCCGGAUAUGUACGAGAGGGCCGUCCUGAGAAAAUCAAUCAACAGAAGCUUCACGGCGAAUGUAGAUUUGUGGUCAAUAGGAGUUACGUUGUAUCAUGUUGCUACAGGGAACCUGCCCUUUCGUCCUUACGGUGGACGUAAAAAUAAGGAAACGAUGCAUCAUAUAACCACUAAAAAGGCCCCGGGAGUUAUAUCCGGUACACAAACCAGUGAAAACGGCCCCAUUGAUUGGUGUCGGCAUUUGCCCGCGCACUGUCAGCUGAAGGCAGGGUUGAAGUAUCUUGUCACACCAUUACUUGCUGGUUUGUUGGAGGAGAAUCAAAAGCGGAUGUGGUCUUUUGAUAGGUUCUUCUAUGAAGUGCAGCAUAUUUUGAACAAGAAAAUGUUGCACAUUUUCUACGCAAAUCGAGCAGCCUCUAUCGAAGUCUACAUGGACCCAGAGGAAACCUGCUUCAAUCUGAAGGAGCACAUUUUCGUGCAGACUGAUGUGCCGCACAGCUCGCAGCUGUUGCUGAUGGAAUCGGAGUUGUUCGAGCUUAAAGUUGGCACAAAUAGUAGUGCACGAGGGUAUGCAGCAACCGAAGCGAAUAAUCCCCUGAUGCUGUUCAAUAUCGAAAACAAUAACGUAACACUUCCCGUCGAGCUGGAUUUGCCCAAAUUUCCAUCGUUCCCCAGCGGUGUGUCGGUUGAAAAUGACGCCAGUCUAGCGAAGGUUGCCUGCAGCGUUGGACAUGAGUGCAAACGACGGAUGGAGACUUUUUCCAGCUUGGAUUCACUGAUGAGCAAGGCAGUGGAACAAUUUGCGGGACUGCUAAAGAACCUGCUUGUCAAGCUGCAUGAACGCGUUCAACACUUGGAAGAUAUCGGUAAUUCUGUGUGGGAAAUAGCCGAUUUGGUCGAAAUAUGUGUGCUGAAUAACGAUUCCUACCAGGACAAAGCCACAUCAAUCAGUACCGAACUGAACGGUCUAAAGGCAGCCUUCCAGCGUGUUUCGGAUCCGGUUCAACAGCUUCACAAUCGCUUCGUCGUGGAGGAAUCACUGAGCCGGGAUUGGAAUACUGCCUAUCGGGAUCUGCGCAGCCCAAACAAACACCGAGUUAACGAGAAAGCAAAGUAUUUGGUGGACCGCUUGCGUGAUUCCUGGCAGCAUCUACUGCGGGAUCGUGCAACCCGCUCGUUAACUUACAAUGACGAACAGUUUCACGCACUGGAAAAGAUUAAGAUUACGGAAACUGGUAAGCGGGUGAAAUCGCUGUUGAAUGACGAUGUGCGACCAGCGGUUGAGCUGGAGGCCGAAUGCUUGGCCGAUUGGUACAAGAAGGCACAGACGAUUUUCCUACAGACACAGUUUCUGCAUAAGGAUGUCGUUACUCACGAGGAAAUGCUGUACGACAUCCGGGACCGGUUGGUUCAGAUCAAAGAAGAUUUGAAGGAGGACAUCAAAAACGAUGGAGAGGUUUCCAAGAUUGCAAAUGAGACCACGGUUGCCGAGCAGAACCUAGAAUGCAUGAAGAAAUCUAAGGAAAUGCAGUGUUACUUAAAGAUCCUGUUGAACUAUCAGCGUGAAAUCAAUAAGAUUCUUCAACAGAACAAAGAACUUGUGGAAGCUGUUCAUCAGUUGUCAGUAAACGGUGACGAAUCAGCGUAAAUUUCGGGCUAGUUAUAAGCGAACUUGCUGAUAGUAUUGAAAGAAGACUCGUGAUUAAAACAAUGUUUUUUUAUAUAUAAAAAAUUGUAUGUUGUACUCAGAAAUUACUUGGAUUGGCAUAUAUACAUACAGAACAAUAUCUUUUAAUUCCUUUUUUUGUUCCUUAUAAAUAUUACUAUUAUCAAGAAUGUUAUUAAUAGAACCAGGCGAUUAUGUACACUUUGAGAUAUAUCUUAAUGCA